AUGGCCCGGGCGACCAUUCUCCUGGAUGAUGAGCCAGAUGGGCCUGAAAUGGUAGACCUACCUAUGCGCCUGGUCGGUCUCACACAGGCCAGGCAGCUGAAUGGUCAAGUGGUCGUUGUGAAACGCUUUGUGACCGAGAAGCAACGCUAUGAAGUGGAGCUGUGGCAGAGUAAGGAAGUGAAAUCUGUUCAGGUGGCGAAUUUGGAGUGCUUACCGGUGGACCAAGAAGUGGGACUUUGGGCCCAACUCUUUCAAGAGGCCAAAUCGGAGGACGUCCAAGGAUGGCUCAACCGCUUGGAAAAGCUGCCGAUCACCACGGCGAUGCUGGCCGAACAGAACCUUCCGAAGGUGAUCAAUGCCUUUGCGAAGCGCUUUCCCCAGGCUGACACGGCCAUGAAGGCGCGCCAGCUCAUUCAUAAGUGGCGACAUCAGUUUCGCAAGGAGAAAGAGGACGCCGGGAGGGAGGAGAGGCAGCGACCGGUUCCUCGUGAAGGGACGCAGACUGCCGGUGGUGCCGGUCCUGGUCGAAGUCCGGAGGUUCGUGAGGCCGCGCCGCCCGCGCCGCGUGUGGAGAUGGUAAGGAUGUCAGGCCCAGAGGAUGGUAAGACGCUGGCCAGUGCCAUGCGCAGCUGCGGAUCAGAACAGAUGCGGAUGGGUUUGCUGUCAGCCUUAGAUAAGUCCGCCAAGCACUCGAUGCUGUCCUUCAUCCAGAAUGGAGGACUAGAACCAUUGACAAGAUGGCUGAAGCAGAGCCAAACUGCUCGCUAUGCCUGUUUGGUGGUUUUGCAAAAAUUGCCGGUCACUUUGCAAGAUCUUCAGAAGGGCCAUCUCAUCGAAAUUGUGGAAGCCAUUCAGAAGGAAGAUGAUCCGAAGAAUCGCGCCGAAGCCACUGCGUUGCUGGAUCGCUGGAAGGCUGCUGGAUUCAUUCAGCAAGAAGUGAGGCGCCCGGCCAAGAGGCUUCGAGCUGAGGAUUUCGACCUAGCUCAGCCUGAUGUGCCAGUGUAUCAGACUGCGCAGCCAACAUCUCACGGUGCUCAGCCUCGAACGCCUCCCUUGCAGACGUUGCCGGCUGCUCGUCCAGAGUUCAUUCCCAGGGAUCUUCAGUCGCUGGAUCCUCGCAUCGUCAAAGUGUUGCUGGAGCGACCUCAACUCCAUGAGCUCUUGCAACAACAUCCAGAUGUGCUGCACCAACCGAGUCCGGAAGCAUUGGCAUGCAUACGCCGACUGUUGAGCAACUCUCAACAGAAACACCAAGAUGAUGACUCAGCUGGAUGCACCAUUACAGUUUCACGCUUGUCAGAGAAUUCCACCGAAGAGGACGUGUCACAGCUCUUGGUUGACAUCGGCCUGCAACCCAAGAAAGUCACCUUGCCACGUGAAAGCAAGCGCAAGAAGUCUUGCGGCACCGCAUUUGUUUUGCUACCCUCAAAGUUAGAUGCUGACAAGGCGGUGGAGAGGCUUCAUGGAGCACAUCUCAAUGAGAAGGUCCUGGUGGUGAACUAUCUCGACCCGACUCAUUCCACUGACCCGACUCAUCAUGAUGGCGGCCGCAGAGUGCAAUGGAAGCCCGACUCUCAACUCUGGGAGGUCAUCGUCUUCUCCCCAGACGAAAGCGUUGAGACUUUGAGGCGACGGAUUGACAGGAAGGAGUUUCAACAGCUGAGGAGUGACGUGGCACCUCCCACGGAGCAGAGCCACCCGGACCUCAACCGGGCACGGUCGGCGCAGCAGAAGGAAGAGUCCGAGUUUAACCGGAAGGCCUUGGCGGCGCUCAUCGACAAUUAG